CGAACCGCGUCGCGCCGCGACACCACGACUCGAACUGCCCAUCUCGACCGACACGGAUCCGGGACCAGGCUUUUGAAGCCAUCGCGACAUUGGUGUUUAGUCGCCCCGCCCCGCCGUCAACAUGUUUGGCAUCCUGGGCGCCCGCGACCGUAGCGACGGCACCGAGGAGUAUGCCUCAUUCGACGAGCUCUUCGCGGCGCUGAAGACGCGCAUGCAAAAAGAUGGGUACAAGGUCGUCAAGUCACGUACCCAUCGAAACAAGGUCGGCGGGACCUACGAGAAAGGGAGCGAGGUCGUCAGAUGUGAUCUCGUCUGCGAUCGUGGUGGCCAGCCUUACAAAUGCACAGCGACGCAGCUGAAGACAUCCACCAAGAAGACCAAUUGCCCUUGGAAGGCCAAAGCCGUCAACCGUAAGACGCUGGGGAAAUGGAUCUUGACCAUCAUAUGCAGCGAACAUAACCAUGAGGCGCGCACGCCUGACCCGCCGACCGAUGAGGAGGAUGCUGAUGCGGAAGGAGAUGCCGACGUUGUUCAGGACGUAUCAAUUGAAGUGCAGAGCUCUGGUCCGACGCCAGAUCCUACGACAGCCGCCCUCCUUCUCAUGGUGGGAGCUGCUCCCAACACGAUGCGACUUACCGGCGAGACCUUUCACAACUUCAAGUCCGAAUAUCGUAAGAUGUCGAAACCUGAACGACUGGGUAUACUAGCCCAGAUGCAACUGCGCAUCGCAGCUAUUUACGCCGUCGAGAACGAGGAUAUGCAGAGACAAGAAAGGCAGGCUAGGCAGGAGAAGAAGCAUCAAGAGAUUGAAGAAAGUCGACGCAAAUCGCAAAGUACACAACAGCCGCAGCAGCAGCAGCAGGCACCACAGCAACAACAACAACAACAACAACAACUAUCGCAACCACCCCCGCAGCAACAGCAACAACACCAACAGCACCAACAACAGCAACCCCCUCAACCGCAGCAACAGCAGCAGCAGCAGCAGCAUCAGCAAGUGCAGCAUCAACAAUAUCAACAACAUCCCCCACAGCACCAGCAGCAACAAGUACAGAAUCAUAGUCUUGGCCACAAUCACGGCCAUAACCAUAAUCGGGUUCAGCAGCAGAUGAAUCAGAUGUCCCGGGAUGGCAUGGCUGGUAUGCCCAAGCACCCGUUUGAGCAGACAACCCACGAUGAGCACGCGCAGUAUAGAGACCGGCAAGCUGAAAUUGAGGAGCGCAACCAGAGGGCGAUGCAGAUGCGCGGGCAGCACCUUAAUAACACCUUCCAACAGCAGAACGCUGUCCAACAGACGCCCAUUCCUGUGCCCCAAUUCGGCUUGCAGUCGGCUCAAGGUCAGCCGCAAGUGUUCCAUCAGUACACUGCGACUCCUACGAAUAAUGCAAUGUCAAAGGGAGCGGCAGGUGCCUCGCCGGCCACGGGCCCAAAGAGACGUGGCCGGCCGAAGAAGACAGCCAUGGACCAGACCCUCGACCCCAGCCUUCACAUGGGAAGAUAGUCGCCGUUCCUACCGUUGGUCGUUGGGAGAAGAUGAGGAGGGAGUGUGUAUGAUGAGUUUGAGAAGGGCUCAGUGUGUGUAAUGUGUAAGAGGGUUACGACAUACCCUACCGGACGGAGGAACUGGGGCAUGGCGUUUAUAAGGAUACCAGCGCAGCAAGCUGGCCCGGACAUACUUAGUUUUCUUCUCGCUGAAAUAGCACAGUUCCGGGAGAGAGCUGCUAGGAUGGCUCUUGGAGUUUGUUCAUCGUCUGAACUGGGGGUCAUU